AUGGCCCCUCAGACAGAGAAAACCACUCCUUCAGAUGAAACAGGCUCCUUUAAUGGCGUCAAGGAACGCGAAUACUCAGAGUCUCCAUCAUAUCCUGAAAAGCCUCACGAAAGUGUAGUCGCUCCCUCUCCCAAUAAUGAUGGCGGAAACGACUCAUCCGACACUGAAACUCACUCCGAAGAUGAGUUUGACUGGGACGAGGAGGACUCUCUGCAUCCAAAAACAUCGCACGAUCAUCACAGAAAGGCGCGUCGCGGCCGCGCCAUUUGGCUCGCGUUUAUGAAGCUCGCUCGUCCAAUCCGUGUCAUACUCUUUGGCGUUUUGGGUACCGCCAUCCUCAUUGCCCCUUUGCUCGUCGUUGAACUUCGCUUCAAGAACGAAGGCAACGUUCAACCCCAGGUCCAUGCUUGGUCUCUCUGGCUCUCCAUUACUUUCGCUGCUUCUUGUAUAACCUAUCUUGUUGUCGACGCUAUCCCCCGUAUCGUAAUAUUUGUAGUUGUACUCUUUGGAGGGCAAGUGGAGCGCCUCAAGACGCAGUUGGAGCUUACCCUCGCGGUUUCAGGCUGGCUCAAACUGGCUCUGGAUAUUGCUUGGGCAUGGAUAGCCCUUUCUGCUAUAAGGGCCUUUUAUCAGCCUGCGGGUUCAUACUGGGUGAUCAUCAAUCGCGUGAUGCAGGCUCUCUUUGCGGCCGGGAUCAUCUUGUUUGUCGAGAAACUCUUCCUUCGCUUUGUCGCUAUCCAAUUCCACCAAAAGGCCCUCGCAGAUCGACUCGCUGAGAAUCGUCUUGGAUUAAAAGCCCUUGACCGCCUUUCUAAUGCCCAGCCUAUGGCUAACAAGCGCAACCCCUACAUGAAGAAGGGUCACAAGAGCACUCAGAGCACACAUGGCACUUCGCUCAAUAUCAAUGAUCUGCAGGCUGUUGCGGCUGGGAACGAGAAAGAGAUGUAUGCUCCCAAGGCGAAGGACUCUCACGCCGAAAGGAGGCGACAGCGUAAAAAGGCUAUGGCUGCCAUUAUUGUUGAUCAAGUUGGCGGUGCCAUCGGUCAGGUUGCCCUGAAGAACUCGAGGUUCAACCGGGGAACUGAGCUUGGUAGCUUGAGCUCAGCCCGUAAGCUUGCAAGGAAGCUGUUCAGUGCGCUGAGUGACAGGCAGCACCUCGGAUUUCUCUCUGAAGAUUUUUACCCGUACUUCAAAUCAACAAGCGAGGCUCAUGCCGCGUUUGCCGUUUUUGAUAAAGAUGGCAAUGGCGAUAUCUCAAGGAAGGAAAUGCGUGAAGCGGUACAGAGAAUUUAUCGCGAGCGCAAGGCUCUGACUGCGAGCUUGAAGGAUGUCGGAUCAGUCGUUGCGAAGCUUGACGCUGUUUUGGUCGUGCUAGCACUCCUGUUCAUCUUGUUUGCUUGUCUUUUGAUCUUUAACCGCAGUGACACGAUCUCGUCCCUCGUGCCACUUGCAACCCUUAUACUCGGGUUUUCGUUCAUCUUCGGACAUUCCGCUCAGCUGUUGUUCGAAUCGCUUGUUUUCAUCUUCUCCACGCACGUGUUCGAUGUUGGUGACUUGGUGCAAAUUGAUGAUCAGUUCCUGUACGUCAAGGAAUUCGGGCUUUUCUCCACGACGUUUCGAAGGGUUGACGGCCAAGAAAUUAUUGCUCCAAAUGCCCUGUUAUCGAGCACUAAGCUUGUUCACAACAUGCGUCGCAGCAAUUCGAUGUGGGAGUCCAUGACCCUUACAAUUUCGUACUCCACUCCGUUGGAAGUCAUUGAGCAACUCAAGGUCCGCGUCCAGACGUACAUUAACGCGAAUGCCCGUGAAUGGUCGGGAUGUGGUAUCAUCAUAGACAAGAUGGAGUUCCAGAAUUCGGUCACUGUUAAUGUCUGCGUUGAGCGUAUGUGUUUGCCUCGUCAGUCUUCCACGCUACUGAUCUGA